CUCACCAGGACUGCAGUGCGGACCGCGUCGUCUAAAACAGAGGUCGAUAAAGCGACCACAUCGCCGAAGAGGAAACGAGGUGGGAAGCUCUUAGCUGACCUGACGCCAUGGCUCACCCCCCGAUACAAAGUGGGCUUCCGGGGAUUCAGAACCUCAAAGCCGAUCCAGAGGAGCUUUUCACCAAGCUGGAGAGGAUAGGCAAAGGUUCCUUUGGGGAGGUGUUUAAAGGCAUCGACAAUCGCACUCAGAAGGUGGUGGCCAUUAAAAUAAUUGACCUGGAAGAAGCCGAGGAUGAGAUUGAGGACAUCCAACAGGAAAUCACAGUUCUCAGCCAGUGUGACAGUCCUUUUAUCACCAAGUACUUUGGAUCCUAUCUCAAGGGAACAAAAUUAUGGAUUAUUAUGGAAUAUCUGGGCGGAGGGUCUGCUCUUGAUUUGUUGGAACCGGGCUCCCUGGAUGAGACGCAGAUUGCCACCAUUUUGAGAGAAAUCUUGAAGGGGCUUGAAUAUCUGCACUCCGAAAAGAAGAUCCACAGAGAUAUCAAAGCUGCCAACGUGUUGCUGUCGGAACAAGGAGACGUGAAACUGGCAGACUUUGGCGUGGCAGGCCAGCUGACGGACACGCAGAUAAAAAGGAACACGUUUGUGGGUACUCCUUUCUGGAUGGCGCCCGAGGUCAUAAAACAGUCGGCGUACGACUCAAAGGCAGACAUCUGGUCGCUGGGAAUCACGGCGAUCGAGCUGGCGAAAGGGGAGCCGCCCCACUCGGAGCUCCAUCCCAUGAAGGUCUUGUUCCUCAUUCCAAAGAAUAAUCCGCCCACGCUGGAGGGAAACUACAGUAAACCACUUAAAGAGUUUGUGGAAGCCUGUUUGAAUAAAGAGCCCAGUUUUAGGCCGACUGCCAAAGAGCUGCUGAAGCACAAGUUGAUUGUACGGCACGCCAAAAAGACCUCCUAUCUGACGGAGUUGAUCGACCGGUACAAGAGGUGGAAAGCGGAGCAGUCGCGAGACGAGUCCAGCUCGGAGGAGUCAGACGAGGAGACGCAAGGGCAAGCGUCCGGAGGAGACUCCGCCGCCAACGAUGACUGGAUCUUCAACACCAUCAGGGAGAAGGACCUGAAGAAGUUGCAGCACAACGGGGCCAUGCAGCCUGCCGAGUUGAAAAUCGAACCGGUUUUGCAGGAGAGUCCAAAGAGGCCUCUGUCGCAGAGCUUAUCAUCCAUCUUCUCGCCGUUGUUUUCGGAGCUGAAAGCCAAAGGCGAGACUAGCAAUGGCAAGCCGGAGGCUGCGGAGGCCCUGCAGGAGGCCAUUUUAGUGGCCGAAGACAUACAUCCGGGCGUGUGCGACUCGCUGGUGGCCGAACUACUGCAGAGACUUCAGAGGUUUUCUGUGCCUCAGACUGCUGCCACUCAUUGAGAAAAAAAAGCACAAUUGAGCGCCUCGGUGUGGACGUAUUGAUGAAGACUUGCAAGCCGUCAUAGGAUUUGUGCUCCAUCACUCAUUAGCCUGCCGGUGCACGCGCACGCCGCUAGAAACCCCCCCCCUGCCCUCCCCCCUCGAGGGCGGGAGAGUGGACUUAAACCAUCCGUCUCUCUCUCUCUCGAGCUCUUAUUUUGGAGGUGUGCGUGUGUGAGUGUGCGCGAAAGCGUUCUUUUGAAAACUCAGGUAUCCUGCUUUUUAAGGUCCUCUGGGGGAGGUCAAAUGAGCUCGACAGGAUGGUUGUACAAACUUGUAAAUAUGCACAUUUCUACGAAUUCAAGAACAAAAUAACAACGGACAUAAUAAUAAUCAUCAUAAUAAUGUGGUUGUACAAAUGGCCAAACGCACACUGUAGAUAAUAUUGGCGGCGAGGUAAAUAUUUUGGAAAAUAGAAAGGGCCGCACGUGAGACUGCCUCCUGAGAGUAGACCACGCUUUGAUUUGCGCGCCUUCUGCGUUUGUACAUUUUAAAGUCCGUCAUUUCACACCAGCUUAUAGCAAACAUCCUUUCUGGAUCAUUCACACGCAGCAGCCCCCUGCCGCUCCCCAAAAUGCGCGUGGAGCACGAUAUAAAAAUGCUGUAGAUUUUAUUUUAUUUUUUUAAUUGUCAGUCUGGCAUACAUUGUCGACAAAGGGCUUUUUGGAUUGCCAUCCGUUCAAGUUCAUUGCUGUCCUGUGUGUUUUGGUCAUUAGUUUUACACUGUGCGAUAUUCGGGUGCGUGUCAAGAAAUUCGAAUAUCGUCCGUCUUGGUGCUGGUCGAAAAAAGCGCGAGAAUCCCCGCCUUUGGUUGAAUGAAAGAAGCGCACUUGAAUUUGGAAUAUGGCUCCACAUGACGCGCCGGCUUUUACAGGAUGACCACCGAAUUGCGUUUGGAAUGAUCUUAGUCCUGUUUAAAAAUCAGCCGCUUGCGCGGGGGCUUCGUAGGCGACGAUGCGAUGCGUUGCGCGUAGACUUCUUUCACGACAGUUGUUUGCCCGCCUUUUAGCCGUAUGACCAACUUGGGAUCUUUUCUCCCGGCGUGGUACAGCUCGCUCGAUUUUGCGACUAGUCACACCGUCUUCCUUUGAUUGCACGAAGUUCGAGUUGAAAGAAAUGCCUUUUAGGUGGCCAUACAAAACACACAGGAAUGCGCAGGAGGUGCGCGGUAUAUGCGGGAAUGUGGAAAAGCGAAACGCGUGACUUGAGAUCACGUCAAAUGCAGUGAAGAAGAAAUUAGCUCUACGGGGGUCCAACCAACAACCAAAUUGAUACCCAUUGUCCAUUUUUAAAAAAUUAAUAGCGCAUACUCGGAGCUUUUCCGAAUACAGGAAACAACAUUUCUCUUUAAUUCAAAUUUUCUCUGAGUUUCAGGAAAAAAUAUAGUCAUUUUCUCCAACACUCCAGGUCUGAUUUCUGAACAUACUGCAUUAAAAUUUCUUGAGGUAAACACCACUUGAAACACUGACGGCAACUCCAGAUUGCUAGUUUUGAUCCCGAAUGUGAAGAUGUGCCCAGUCCAGGGGCGGAUCUAUUCUCGUGGAAUACAGGGCCAAAAUCACCCCCGAAAUCCCACAAAUUCUCAAACGACUUGGGUUAUCACCUUUUAACAGAAAGCUGUAAGGAACAGUUUUCAAACAGAUUAUUAUCGCUUGAUUGCUUUCAGUGUGUUUUGGAAAUGAAAGAUUAAGAAUUUCAAAACAUUUUUUGUUCUCGUUAAACUUGGACCCCCGCUGGAUUAGCGAGUUGUCAGCUAGCAGUGGUUGAGCGCGUGGGGACAGUGCAGCAGUAAGACACCCGGUGGUCAGUCACGUAUGCGUUGUAGCACACGCUGAACAGGAUGCCAUCGGUGUUGAUUGUUGACUUGAAUCAUCCUGAGAUAAUGCGAUGUGAAUGUUUGGGGGGGGGCGGACAUAUUUGAGAUGCUCAAAUCGAAAUCCCAUUGAGGAUGCUUUGCUGGAUGCUCAGAUUUUUUUUUUGUAAUUUUUUUUUUUUUUUGCCACGUUCUUGCGUGGACUGAAUUAAGUCCUCAAAAUCAAAUAUUUACAGUCGACUGACUAGCCUGGUUGCUGUGUGAUUUGUUUUCCGGUGGUGGUCCAAACGCACCGCCGUUCACGUUUUAUUUCCCUGCUCCACAGUGAAUCGUGCCAUGUGACAACUCAUUUCAACAAACUCCGUUAUGCUUUGCACCUUUUACAUUUUCGAAAUAGACACAUUUUCAUGUGUAUUUUUAUUUUUGUGUGUGAUGCACUUUGUCAGAUUUUUAUUCGGUUGCUAAAUUGUGGUACUUAUCAAGGCUAAAAAAAAAAAAAGUUCUGUCACGCUUACGCCGCCUUUAUUGUCAUUUCGCGUUCCAUUUCGUGUGUGUGUUAUGGCAAUAAAGCACGCCGUGACAGCCAGGAUGAAUAAUGUCUUAGCACAACUAUAUUCUUCUUUCAAACUAUUUUUAUAACCCCAGAGGAGCAGUAUUAUUUAAUGGCGCUAGUAAAGUUAAAGUCUGGUGAUGUGUCCUAAAGAAUCGUUAAACACUGGAAAGCAAAUGUACAUUUUAUGUGACGACUCCACUCGUUUGUUCAUUCGACGCAGUGCUGUUGGGAUUAUUGGACGAUGUCAAAUGAUGAUGACAAAAAUAAAAAUCUAGCACAGA